GAAGGUAACAGCAGGUGUAGCGAGCUCGCGCGCGCACUACACUACCCGUCAUCCCUGCUUGCAAUUGGCUCAUGUAUAUUUAUGAGGCUUUUCUGCAGUGAGGCGGCUAGAUAUUGAUGUCUUUCUGAACGGGUGGAGGCUUUCUUUGCUCGGAGAGAUUUCACUUCUUCCGCCCUCGUCCGGUCUUGUACCCGCUGCUCGCGCAUCCCGCGUCUCGAUGCAGAGGCUGCUCGCGCGUCACUAAUGGCAACCAGCGCGAGAGGAUGCGUGUGCCUUCCUGAGGGAGAACGAAAAUAGCGUAUUUUUAAGGAUAUAGCUCGGAUAUCUGAUAUAAAUUGGGAUUUAUAUGAUUCACUAAGAUUUCUGCACCGAACUGAUGUGGGCAUGAUGGCUCUACGUUUUGGGAUUUCCUUUCUGUGCCUCUACGUAGCGGUGAUGAGCUCUGAGAUACAUGCCAGCAUCUCACUGCCUCAAUAUGGAGACGCCUUGGUAGAGACGAGGGCUCGGCGUGAUGACGGCAGGUUCCUCGGGAUAGAGAACACGGUACCGGUCCGGUUGGUCUACCGAAUGGACGGAGACAGUCAGGCAGCUCAUGAUGUACUAAACACUCGGGUCAAAAUAAGCACUGACAGUAAACAGAACCACGUGGCCCAGGCUAGCUUUCAGGUGCAAGCUUUCGGGAAGACCUUCGUUUUAGAUGUCGAACUGAACCAUGAUCUACUAUCAUCAAAUUACAUUGAAAGGCAAAUAUCAGAGGAUGGGAAGUCAGUCGUCAUCAAAGGUGGAGAACAUUGUUAUUACCAUGGGAAAGUACGUGAUAUACCGAAGUCGUACGUGGCGCUUUCAACCUGCCAUGGGUUACAUGGAAUGUUCUUUGAUGGGAAUCAUACAUAUAUGAUUGAACCAGGAGGAGAGAAUAACAAGAGUGAGGAGGUUCGUGUACAUAUGAUUUAUCAGUCUCCUGGUUUUGACCCCCCAGAGGACUUCAUUUCUGCUGCUCCAUUGGCAGAAUCACGGUUCCAGAACCCUUCACCGUUCAGUGCAUACCACACAAGAAAAAAGAGACAGAUAUCACAAAAUCCACGGAGUGUUGCAGAUGAGACAAAAUAUAUUGAGCUGAUGGUUAUAAAUGAUCAUUUGAUGUACAAGAAACACCGCCUUUCUGUCGGACAAACAAAUAAUUAUGCCAAGUCUGUUGUAAAUAUGGCUGAUCUGUACUUCAAAGAGCAACUCAACACUAGAAUUGUGCUGGUUGCUAUGGAAACGUGGGCAGCAGACAACAGGUUUAACAUCAAUGAUGACCCCAUGGUGACGUUACGAGAGUUUAUGAAGUACCGAAGAGACUUUAUCAAAGAAAAGAGCGACUCCGUUCACCUAUUCUCGGGAAAUCGAUUUCAUAGCAACUGGGGAGGAGCUUCUUAUAUGGGUGGCGUCUGCUCGCUCAUUAAAGGAGGUGGAGUCAACGAGUAUGGAAAGACAGAGGAAAUGGCCAUAACUCUUGCGCAGUCACUGGGACAAAACAUUGGCAUCUUUUCUGAUAAGAAGCGGAUUUUAAAUGGGGAGUGCAAGUGUGAAGAUAAAUGGUCUGGCUGCAUAAUGGAUGAUGUUGGCUUCUACUUACCCAAGAGAUUUUCUGACUGUAAUGUGGAAGAGUAUCACGAUUUCCUCAACAGUGGGGGUGGUGGAUGUCUCUUCAACAAACCUUUAAAGCUUUUGGAUCCUCCCGAGUGUGGUAAUGGUUUUGUGGAGGCAGGAGAAGAGUGUGACUGUGGAAGCCCAGCUGAAUGUGCUAGAGAAGGAGAGGACUGCUGUAAGAGAUGCAUGUUGACUCAGGGAGCCAAAUGCAGUGAUGGUCUUUGCUGUAAAGAGUGCCAGCUGGAGUUUAUGGGUGCGAUCUGUCGUGACGCUGUCAAUGACUGCGACAUUCCUGAAAUGUGCACUGGGAACUCCAGCCAGUGUCCUCCAAACCUACACAAGAUGGAUGGAUACACCUGUGAAAAAGAACAGGGACGAUGUUUCAAUGGCAGGUGUAAAACCAAGGACAGGCAAUGCAAGUACCUAUGGGGAGAGAAAGCAACAUCUGCGGAUAAGUUCUGCUAUGAGAAGCUAAACAUUGAGGGCACAGAAAAAGGCAACUGUGGACGAGACAAAGACACCUGGAUUCAGUGCAAAAAACAGGAUGUACACUGUGGAUAUCUGCUGUGCUCAAACAUUUCUCCAGCACCCAGACUAGGAGAAUUACAGGGUGGUUUGACGUCUUUCUCUGUGGCCAGGCAUAGCGCUUCAUUGGACUGCAGCGGAGGACAUGUGCUGAUUGACGGAGACACUGAUCUGGGAUAUGUAGAGGACGGAACAGCGUGCGGGACCGAUCGGAUCUGCUUCAACCACAAAUGUAUCCCGUUGCAGGAAUUCAACUUCAGUACUUGUCCCGGCACCAACGAAAGGGUGAUCUGCUCCGGACACGGGGUGUGUAGUAAUGAGCUCAGGUGUGUGUGUGACCUGGGGUGGGCAAGUGAGGACUGUAACUCCACUUCUCCUUUGAGUUACCUGUCAGUGCGACCCACAGCCAAAACAUCAGGUAUCGUCACUACUAACAUCAUCAUCGGGGCCAUUGCCGGCUCUAUCUUGGUCCUUGCACUGAUUCUAGGCAUUUCUGCAUGGGGAUACAAGAGCUACAGACAGGAUCAGGAUAUGCAAUCUGAAGUGCACAGAAGAUUUUGUCGUCAAAUGCCACCAGGUGAUUAUGUGAAGAAGCCGGGAGAUGCCGAUUCACUUUACAGUGACAUGCCACAAGGCGUAAGCUCCAACUCGGGCAGCAGCUCCAAGAAGAGAUCCAACGGUAUGUCUCAUUCAUGGAGUGAAAGAAUCCCAGACGCCAAGCACAUUUCUGACGUCUGUGAAAAUGGGCGACCUAGGAGCAACUCGUGGCAAGGAAACAUCACAGGUUCACGUAAGAAGCUCAAGGGCAAGAAAUUCAGACCUCGCUCCAACUCCACAGAGUAUUUAACCCCUUGCAUCAAAUCAGAGUAUUAUGUAACUAAAUGGGUAGAAGAUGUGAAUAAAAACACUGAAGGACCUUUUAUUAGAACACUGUCACCGGCCAAAUCACCCACCUCCUCGACGGGCUCCAUCGCCUCCAGCCGGAGAUACCCAUACCCCAUGCCUCCCCUUCCGGAUGAGGACAGGAAGGCCAACAGACAAAGUGCCAGGCUGUGGGAAACAUCAAUAUAAACAAACUCGACGACAACUUAAGGAUUUUCUUCUGCUUUUGUAUGGAUGAGGAAAUGAAACAAAUAAGAAAAUGUGGAAUUAAACAUAUACAAAUAAGGAUGAGUAAAUGGCGAAGUUGGGCGUGAUCUGCUCCGAUGUCUGUUCCGCUUUUGUGGUGUGGAGCCACCCUGGAUGCUGAAGAUCACGCCAUCAGAUUCUCAUUCCUGCUGUCAUUCUUAAAACAAGACUCAGGAACACAAUUUUAUCACGAGACAAACCCAGAAUGACAGCCGUGCUGGGCAGACACAUCACAGAAACAUCAACCCAAGCCAUUCGUGCCCCAUUAAACCCCACCCCCUCCACACAUGCCGUCUUGUGAUUGGUGCCCUUAUUGCCCGUGUGCAAGGUGCUCAUCCGAGAGCAGAAAGUAAAACUGUUGUUUUGAAAGCACGCCGUCACUGUAGAACCUACUGCUGUAUGCAUGAGAAACAUGUUUAUCGAUUCCUUGUAGUGUAAUGAUGUAAAAAAUGUUCGAAGAUCUUUCACACAAGGUGCCGCAUGUAUCGGAGGACAGCUCUGUAGGCUGGUAAGAUUCAUUCAUGUUCGCAUCGCUGAUUGCUACACAACUAAAGGCAAGAACGUAUCCAGUCCUGUUAACAACAUCACCUUUUCUCAGAGAAUUUGUACAUAUGUCAUAUAAUUCAGAAACAAUGUGUGAAAUGUGAGAUUGUAGUAUUUUUCGCUUUUGUGUUUGGUUGUGGAAAACGUGGCAGAACUUUUUUUGUGUGUAGAAAGUCUGUCUUGUGAUGGUCUUCCCGAAUUUCCAAAAUCCAUCCCAAGUCGUCUCUAAAGCCAUGUGCACACUACAAGACAAAAGCUUGUCGCAUGAUUGAUUCAUGUUUUCACGCCCUUGAAGCGUGCGCAUAACUGCUAUCCUCAUUUUGCAGCUGCGGCUCAUAUGAUAAUAUUUGAAGAGUUUGGUUCCAAAAUUAGAUAACUCCGUUUUUUUAAAGGGGACAUAUCAUGAAAAUCUGUGACUCCCCAGUGCUUCUAUUAACCUAGAAAAUGUGAAUCAGAUCAACCCAGUAACUUAGUUUUGGUAAAUCAUUCUCUGCAAGCAUGUGAAAAGAUAGGUCAUUGAAAUUUGGCUCCCCUUGUGAUGUCAGAAGGGGAUAAUUCCGCCCCUUAAUCUGCACUAUACAACCACAGCACUGCCAUUUAGUGCAGAGAUCAGCUCAUUUUAAAGGACACACCCAAAACGGCACAUUUUUGCUCACACCUACAAAGUGUCAAUUUUAACAUGCUGAUCUAUGGGGUAUUUUGAGCUAGAACUUCACAUACGUACUCUGGAGAAACCAAAGAUUUAUUUUACAUUUAAAAAAAGUCUUGUGAAAUGUCCCCUUUAAUCUUCAAAAAUCGUGUUUUUUGAUUGUGCAUUCCAAUUAAUAUAAAUCAAACUGCAGUUGGUUUGUUUUGAUAUAAGUCUUAAUAACUAAAAAAAAUAUAGCUAAGUAGCACAUAAAAACGUGAUGACAUAAUAAUAAACAUGUUUUGACAAAAAUAACAGUUAUCUCAUUUUGGAACCAAACGCUUCAUUUUUUACAUACAUAAAGUCCAAGCGAUUUUUGUGUGUUCCUGAUAUCGAACCUUUAACUUUUUAACUUUACCAACUGAGCUACAGGUGAUUGCACAAAAAAAAAAAACUUUAGCAUAGCUGAAUGUAUCGAGUUAUUAAGAAUUUACUAUAUUGCGAAAUUUGGGAUUGUAGCUACAGACAAAUGUGAACUACACUGUAAAAAGUGAAAGUUGGAUCUACUUAAAAAUAUAAAUUCAAUUAGUAAAACUUAAAAAUCAUUUUAACUUAAAUUUUCUCACUUUCAGUUAGCGGUACUCAACUGGGGGGGCAAAAGGAAGGCUCAACAAACUUCCAAGGGGGCCUUAGGAUGGCUUCAAAUUUUUCAAAAUAAGACAAAACAAGAAUUAAAAUAAGCUAAAACAACAACAAAAAAACUUUGGGGGUCUUUAAAUAUCGUUGUGGACCAUAGGGGGGCCUUAAAGUAACAAAGGUUGAGAACCCCUGCUUUAAAGGGACCCUUCACUUUUUUGAAAAUUUGCUCAUUUCUAGCUCCCCUAGAGUUGAACAUUUAAUUUUUACAAUUUUGGAAUCUAUUUAGCUGAUCUCCGGGUCUCGUGGUACCAAUUUUAGCAUAGCUUAGCAUAAUCCAUUGAAUCUGGUUAGACCAUUAGCAUCGCGCUCAAAAAUGACCAAAGAGUUUUGAUAAUUUUCCUAUUUUAAACUUGACUCUUCUGUAGUUACAUCGUGUACUAAGAUGGCUGCAGGAGGCACAAUGAUAUUACGCAGUGGCCGAAAAUAGUCCCCUGCUAUUGAAAGUUAGUAAGGGGACUAAAAAAUAUUUUUUGAGCGUGAUGCUAAUGGUCUAAUCAGAUUCAAUGGAUUAUGCUAAGCUAUGCUAAAAGUGGUAGCACCAGACCCAGAGAUCCGCUGAAUGGAUUUCAAAACGGUAAAAAUCAAAUGUUUAAAAUGUGUCUCUUAAAAAUGAAACAUUUAAUGUGAAAAAACCUUUAAAAAUGACUUCAAUUGGCAACACUAAAAAUGUUAAUUUAAAUAGAAAAAAAUCUUUUUUUGUGUGUUACCAUUGUUAAGUAAUUUUAAAGUUAAUCCAACUUUCACUUAGUUUUUACACUGUAAUAUAUGCACAGGGAUACUAACGUCUCGUGUAACUGUUUUGAGGAAUUAAUUUUAGUAUUUUCAUUACAGUCGGUAGGAAAAUUUUCUUGUAAUUGGUGCAAAUGUGUUGUUAAUAUUAUGACAGAAAAAAGAUGUGUGCAGGACGACGAGCUUUUGUCUUGUUACAUGCACAGUGUGUCUCUGUUGAACUUUCAGACGAGAUUUGUUUUCUGUCAUGCUCAGAGGAAUGUGAUUUUUUUAUCAUCAUGUAACAUUUUGUUAUUCUUCUUUUAUGUGUAGAGAAUGUGACUUGUUUCAGGUACUGCGCAUUUUUGUGAUAAAGUUGCAAAUAAUGAAUUAAUUAGUAAAUGGUAUUUAAAGAAAAGUGAAAACACGUUUGAACUAAACCCACAGAUUUGUGAAUGUAACACAUUUGCGUAAUAUUUCAUUGAAGUUGAGAUCAAUUAUUAACGCUUUUACAUUUAGGAAAAGUAAAUGUCGUCCGAUUUUUUUUUUUUUUUAGUCUCAUCCUCCCUAAAUAACGUCAUGUAGAUGAACAUAUAAUCACAACUUUGACUUUGGUAGACUUUGAUAUUUUCUCUGGUUUGCAGCAUGAUGCUCUUCACAUAAAGAAAUGCUGCCGUAUCGCUCAUGAACGCAGGUCACGUGACCGGUCAGCCUUCGCAGUCGGUAUUGUAUUAGUAAUGGCAGUUUUCAUCUGUACAUAGUCUUCUGUGCGUUUGAUCUGAUUUUUGCGAUCUGCCUGUAAUCCACAACUACAUUUGAUGACGUCGCCAUAACGCAUAUGAAGUAUUUUUAAGAUAACUUUGUAAAGUCAUUCCCUCCCCAGUAUUACAUGUACAUAUUUAAUCCCGAUUGACAAUUAAGUGCUUUAGAAUGAUUAAAACUGCAAUAGGUUUUUGCUAAAAUGAUUUGUAAGUCACUUUUGUGCAUCUGUUUCCCCUGUUUCUGUGUAUAUGAGGUUGGCAUCCAGAAAUGCACUUGGGUUUCCAUCUUUUUACUCAAUUGACAUUAAUAUCAUUUUGUUUCUUUUUGUUUAUAAAACAAGCUGAAGCAAUAUUCUGUUCACUGUGACCCUGGUCUGUCUAUUAAAAAAAACACACGGUCCUGGUGGUUCACGCUAGAAUAAACUUGGUUAAGUCUCAUGCAGACACAAGUCACUGUCAUUCUAAAUCAUUGCGUUUGUUUAGCCAUCUCAGCUUUUUGAGCCCUGGAUGGAGGACAAAAUAUUUUUGAAUGUAUUUUAACCCAUAAUGAGAUCAUGGACAAAAAACAUACUUAACUGACUUGAAACUCAUACUUUUAAAUCCAAAAUAGAGAUAAAGCCACAAUAUGUAAGAUUUAUAAAAAAAUAAAAUAACACUUGCACAGUGUGAUAUAUUUCACGGACUUACAUUAUCCCAAAAGUUCCCAAGGAUUUGUAAAUCCAGAGGAAAUUUAAAUAAUCUCUCGGCCCUUGUCUCCAUUGUAAUUGUCGCCAUUUUAGUGAUUUAAAAUAAUGUGAUCAAACAUACAGGUUAAAAAAAAAACAAUAAUUUAUUACUUCAUCAAGUCAUUAAACUUCACCUUUGUUAUUGUGUAAUAGUGACCUCUAGUGUUGAAAAUCUUACAUAUUGUGGCUUUAAUUGUAAGAAAAUGAAUUGUUACAUUAAUUGGUUCUUUUUGCAGCUCAGAUUUACAUUUGGAGUCUUGUUUUAUUGCCUUAUGCUAAUUCAACAGCUGUCGCACUCUUUGUUUCUCUUCCGUUCGCAUCUCACAGUUGUGUUGGUAGUUAUUGAUGCCUCAUGUUUUCUUUUAUUCUGUGCUGUACAUACUGUAGACUGACCCUUAAAAUGAUAAUGGUUCAUUUUUUUCAUACAGUAUCCAUUCAGUAUUGUAAUAUAUUUAAGAUAAAGUAAAACAUUCAAAUGAU